AUAGUGAUGCCAAGGAGAAAAAGUUGCACAUUUGUAGGAGGUUUUUAGAAAUGAAGGGUGGCUAGGUUUUAUUUAAUACUCCCUCUGCCCUAAAACCAACUUCCCAUUGCAUUUUAUGAUGUUUGACCUAAGUUAUUUUUAAUUUAGUUUUUACGAAUACCGGUGUGGAAUUUAAAAAUAAAAUUUACAUAUUUUAAAACUAAAAGAUCUAUGAAACUAGAGGUGACAUGAUUAUAACUAUAGGUGACAUGAUUAUAUUUUUUUAAUAAAAAAUAGUAACGAAAAGAAGCUAACAUAGUGGAUAGAGUUUGACUAGUAAGUAGUGAACGGGAAGAUAAUUUUAGGAUGGAGGGAGUAGCAUUUUGCGAGUUGUGCUUCGGCCCAUUAAGUUGUUUUCAAUGCUGGUUUAUGCUGAACGCUUUGGUGAAAUUAAUUGUUAAUAACAACUAACAUAUUGACAAAUGGUGUACUAAAUCAAAACAGUUUUCAAUUUAAGAGGAUUAAAAAUUUAAAAUCUGUAUUAUCUUAAUAAAAGCAAAACGAUUUAACUUAAUUUGUAUGAUGAUUUUUUUUGACUUGUGUUAUCUAAAAGUGAUUAUUUAUUUUGGCAUGACACGUACAAGUACAUCUUAUUAUUUUAUCUGAUAUUGCUUUAAGUUUUUUUUGUGAACAAUAUUGUGUAUAUUUUUUUUUUAUUACUUUAAGUCUUCAAGAUAUAAUGUCAUUGCACAAAUAAGAUGAAUUUUAUGGAGAAUAUCUUUUACCAUAUUUUAAUAAUUUUAUUUAUUGAUUCUAGGCGUAAGCCCAUAAGGCAUAGUCUGCCCCCGGGUUUUCCUUUCAUUGCCUUGGCAAAAUUUUAUAAUGCUUCUUUAAAGAAAUAUUUAUGAAUUAAACUCAUUUCAAUUUUAAAUGAUAAAUUCUAUUCAAGCUCUGUUUAGACUUCGGAUGGGAAGGAUGAGGCUAAGAUUUAUAAGUAUAACUUUACAAAAUAGCUAUUUUAGAAUUUAAGGUGUAAUGUUGCGGCAGGUGGGGCUAGGGCUGCUCUAAUUUUUGACAUGAGGGCAUAUGUGGGAAUUCACAAGGAAAUUCAUCCGGCCCUAUCCCCUUUGUUAGCAAUGGUGCCUCGUCCUAUGAGUUAAGUCAGUGGGGCUACGCUGAGGAAAGAUCAUGCUACUAUCCAUGGUGUAAUUGUGUUAAAUGUUUUCCAUCAUGAUAAUGGCUUUACGUAUCUUAUGUGGCAGGUCAAGGCCCCUGUCAUUGUUGUGAGUUGUAUGCUUGACAUGAGGGAUGAUCAACAAGCUAUUAGUUUGGAGCAGGUUAUGUUGCCCAUAAUGCAACAAUUCAGGGAGAUCGAAACAUGUAUUGAGUGCUCUGCGUACAAACUAAUUCAGACUGGAUGUACUGCUAAAGUGUAGAUCUUAUGCCAUUAUCUCCAACAACCUGAAGCCGACGACUACUUGCAGGUUUCUGAAGUUUUCUACUACGGACAAAAGACUGUUCUGCACCCAACUGCUCCACUGUUUGAUCAGGAAGCUCAAACUUUAAGACCAAGAUGUGUGAGAGCUUUGAAACGAAUUUUCAUUCUUUGCGACCAUGAUAGGGAUGGAGCCCUUAACGAUUUUGGAUAACUUUCAGGUCAAAUGUUUCAAUGCUCCAUUGCAACCUUCAGAAAUAAUGGGGGUUAAGAAAGUGGUGCAAGAUCAAAUGCCCGAAGGAGUCAACAGUCGUGGCCUUACGUUGACAGGUUUUCUCUUUCUCCAUGCAUUGUUUAUUGAAAAAGGACGCUUGGAGACAACCUGGACUGUACUGUGCAAAUAUGGAUACAACAAUGAUAUCAGACUGAACGAGGAUCAACUUCCUCCUCCCAUUAAAAGGCAUCCAGACCAGGAUGGAGCUCUUCAAUCCAGUGAUCUUGAUAAUAUGUUUUCAGUGGCACCAGAAAAUCCCUGGAAUGAAGCUCCAUACAAAGAUGCGGCUGAGAAGGAUGCUUUGGGAGGACUCUCACUUGAUGGGUUUAAAUCACUGGUGUGUAUGAUAGAUGAUUAUAAUACUAUGGGGUGAUGAUUGAUAUUCCUGAAUGGCAGGUUAAUGGUUGAUCCACUAUUAAAAGUCAUUAAAAAUUGAGAGUUUGUAACCAUAUUGAGCAGUACAAAAUGGUGAAGAAUGUAGGUUUGUUCUACCUGAAAUUAUGUUGCAGUUCUCAUUAUAAUUGGUGUCAACCUAUUAUUAAUAGUAUUAGUAGUUUAUUACCCACUCUAUCCUAGAAAAAGAGUCCUCAUUUCCUUUCAAGGUGGUUCCAAAAAAGUUCAUCUCUCUAUGAAACGUUGAUAUCUCUUUUAUGCCAUUGACUUUUUUCACUAUUUCCCUUAAUUACCACCCCUCCUCUACCUUGCUUCUCCACUUCUCUGCCAUUCAAAUGAUG